CAGAACUACAGACAAGCAGGUUUCCUGCUGCUGUUCAGGCCUUGAGACGGUGGGCUGUGGCCUGUGGGCAUUCACGGUGCAAAAGCAAGUAACCAACGCCAGCGACGACAAGACAACACGAUGAGCCUGAGCGAUCUGCCGGACGAGGCCCUGCUCGUCAUCCUGAACAAGCUGGACACACGGGAGGCCGUGAGAUGCAGCGUCCUCUCGAGGCGGUGGAGACGCGUCCCCGGCAUGCUCCCCAACAUCGAGCUGGACGUCGACUCGUUCACGCCCGACCACGACGACGGCUUCACGUCCACGCUAUCCGACGCCGCGAGGAACAACUACGCGAUGGUGAGCGCGGUGCAGAGCCUCCUGUCGCACGAGAGCCGGCACGACAUCCGCCGUCUGGACCUGAGCUUCUUCUCGAGGGACGAGUCCGUCGGGAUCAUCCACGCCAUCGACGACGCCAUGGCCCGCGGCCGCAGAAUCCUCGACCUGCGGUUCGACGUCUUGUCAGAGAAGUCAUAUAUGGAAUGCCCGGACAGUGACAGGGUCAAGCAAGGGAGGCGCCUUCUUCACUGCUUCGACCGCUAUCCACGCGUGUUUGCUGGCCUCACCAGCCUGCACCUGGAGUGCGUCACCGUGCAAGGACCCCGCUUCUCCGACGUGAUCACCGCCUGCGAGAAGCUCAUCGACCUCUCCCUUGUCCGCUGCAACUUUGGAAAGGAGACGGCGCUAACGAUCCAACACGAGCAGCUCAGCAUGAUAAACCUCGAGUUCUGCACAUGUGACACCGUCGAGCUUGAGUGGCUCCCGAAGUUAUCGGAGCUGUCGAUAUAUGGAUUCAGCCAGAGACCCCGACACAUUUAG